AUGCCCCUCCUGAACCUCCCUCCAGAACUCCUCCAGCCAAUCUUCGACUUCUGCUCUGUCACGAGCUGUCUCCAAGCGGCCUACACAUGCCGCACCCUCUUCAUCUUUUUCUCAAACUAUCGCAAGGGCCUCUUGCACCAAUUAUCCCGACUCCCAUCAUACCCCAACACCACUACAAAUGGUACAAAUGACUGCACCGACCUCUCUUCAAAAACUACAGCAGAGCUCUUUCUCCUGCUGCGCCGACGCGCAGCGCAGCAGCUCUGCGGUGCCAAUUUCCAUGCCAACCAGAGCGUGUAUACAUUUGGCGAGGGACAACCUGUCAUUGACACGCUUGCAUCGGCUAUACGACCGCAGCUGGGAGAUCCAAAUGUCGCGCUAGUGCAAAAGGGGUUCCCGCACGUUUAUCUCUAUUUCAUUUCUGGGGGCCAAGUUCUCGCCAGGGACGUGUUGCAGCCUGUUAUGGCGUGGCCUGGGAGGGUUGAGGUCAUUAAAGUUGUUUUCGGGGAUGAUGGGCACACGAUUUCUGUGUUGCAGAGGUAUAUCCCGCUGCAGGAAGGGGAGUCGGAAGAUGGAAAUGAGAAUUGGAACGAAAGACGACCCGAUCAUCCCUUUGUCGAGGAGGCGAUGAAGCCAUAUCGGAAAGAAAGUACGCAGCUGGUGCAUUAUCGGCGUCUUCCGUCGCGGUUGGGAUACUCCCGUGUGACGAUAUCUGCCUUUCCGGCUCUGGAUCAGUACCGUCCGCUGGCAAUGGCUGUGGCGGAUAGGGACCUGGUAGCCAUCUCCUGGCAGCAUAGACGGGACCCAGCCAAACGCAAGGUCAUCGUACAUACGGAAUAUCCGGAUGCUGUUGCGGCAAAUCUGAAAAUAUCUUACCAACCCACCCAACGAAACGCAGGCUACAUGGAACCCGUAAUCCAAAUGUCCCUAAACGACAACUCCACCCAGCUGCUUUACUACCACCCCUCGUCAACAAUAUACAGCUCCUACCAGCACAUGAACGUCGAAUACGGCUCAAUGAACUUCACAAGCGGCCUCCUCCGCAACUCCUGCUGGGUCCACUACUAUCAUUUGGACCGGUUCCAUAACUACGACGACUGGCUGGACCUAAUGUUCACAGUCGCCAUUCCCUUUUUCAGUACACAUCAUACCUACACUGAGCCUUCCAACCGCGAGUUUUGCCACUGGAAAUAUCUCACCCUCGGCACCGCGACGGACGAAAAUGGGAAACUGGUCGCCUGCCUCCUUAAGGCGGAGGCGCACUGUCGCUCGCACAACUGCCAGCACGAAGAGAACCUCGACCGCGGCCGCCGGUUCGAUACGUGGGCUGUCGUCGCGCGGUUGGCGGGGUAUAGCAUGAGCGUGAACUCGCUGCCUGGCAUUGUUGCGACGUCGCGGUCCGCGAUGCGGUUGGCGAUUGCGAAUUGGAAAACGAUCAAGGUGUGGGCGAUUAAUCCAGAGGCUAUUAUUGAGAAUAAUUUGGAUGGGGUUUAUCCUCCGAACAUGAUUGAUGAGGUGACCACUGCGGUGCUGUUGGAGCCGAUUGUUUUGGAGAGUGAUGCGGUGUGUUUUAUGAUGAGGUUUACGGAGGAAGGGGAUGAGAUUGUUGCGUUGACAGAUAGGGGUGUAAUGAGGUGGGAGAUUGGGGCGGGGAGUUAUGGGAGGAGGGAGAAAGGGGUGUUGGAGAUUCCGAAUGCGGUUGAGGAAGAGGAGGAGGAGGAGAGCUUGAGCGUUGUGCAAAGGAUGAAUGCUGAUAGCGACGAGGAGCAGAAUUACAAUAAAAAUAAUGAUGAUGAUGAUGAUGACAGUGAUGACGAUGAUGAUUAUUAUGAGGAGGAGGAAGAGGAGAUAGACAGUGAUGAUAUAACGUCUUCCUUUUAG